CACGGGAUACACCGUUUGGCUGUGAUACAAGGAACACAACCUGUAGCUUCACUUGUCUUCAGAGAAAGGUUCUAAAGUCCGGUGAAGGCUACGAUAUUCUUUCUCCUCGUCAUGGCGUCUAAGUUCCCAACAAAAGUGGAUAAGGACAAGCUUCGUACAAGAAAGGGUCAUGACAUGACAUGGUCAUGUGACAACCUCCAACAUGGUGAGCCAAUCACAUUUUAUUGUAAACAACACAAAAUUCCUAUCUGUCAUAAAUGUGCGACCAAAGAUCACAGGCAAGAAACGUGUGAGCUACAAGACAUCGGGGAUGUCAUCAUAGAAAGGCGGGGAAAUCUGGAGGAGAAACGGCCCUUGAUAGAGGAAACGAAAUUACUGCUUCAGAAGGUCCAAUCUAAAAUAGAUGCCGUUUAUUCUUCUUCAAGUAAGCAUCUUCAGACAGUCAACGAUAAACUACAAGAGACAUUCGAAGACAAGUUAAAGAAUGUGAAAGAAAGGGAAGUAAACUUGAUUAGGGUGAUUAACGAGGAGGCGGACGAGGAAAUAAGGGAAAUAAAUGAGAAGAGAGAAAAACGCAUCAAGGAUUGCAACAUCGAUAUCGAAAAGGAACAAAUUACCAUCAAAGAGAGAGAAACAAGACUUUUAUCAGAUACAAAGACAAUCAGUGACAAAGUUACUAAGAAGAUUAACGAUCUUACUAAUAAGAAUCAGCAUGCGCUUAACACUAUGAAGAAUAUUGAAUCAACCAUCACACGUAUAAACAAACAUGAUGAAACAUUGGUGAAUGAAGCUCCUCAAGUACUUGCAUCUAUCGAUGAAUAUAUAAGUUUGAACGUUCAUCAAGAUGUUAGCGUCUAUCUUGACCGAAUACAUAGUGAAGUGGAGAGAGUGAAGUUUGUAGAGGGGGAAAUAGGUGGAGAAUACUAUUGUAGAAUUGAUGGGUAUAUCGGGAAAUGGGAACUUGUCAAGUCAAUCCACAUUCCAUCGGUUGUUAAUAUGCCGUGGGUGCGUGGUUUGAUCAGUGAUGAUGAGAUAUGUGUGGAAGACGCAAAGAACCAUGACAUGUAUGUUACAAACAUCAACACUCGACGCACACAGAAAGUCAUUGAUGGAGUUGGUAACAUGGACAUUACGUCAUGUGCCACCAUAAACAGAAACGUAAUAGUAUGUGGGAAGUGGAUAUGGGGUUGCACGGGUGAUAGGCUGGAUGGAUUCAUCAGUCUCUAUGACAGACAAUGGAAGAUGAUUAGAGACAUCAGCAUACCAAGGAAUAAAGGCGGUAAUAGGGUGCAUGUUCAUGUCGACAUGGAUGGGAUGAUCCUCGCUGCUCAGUUCGGUCAGUCUAACAUCUACGUCAUAAACCCUGAUGAUGACAAGGUUGUACACACUGUCACGAUGCAGGAUAUAGUGUGUGGUGAAAUGCAGGCCUUGUCAUCAGGUGAUAUCGUUGUGAAGAAAGGUCUUAACAAAUACACUGUCAUCUCCCGUUCUGGAGAAAAGAAGGCUGUCAUACACUGUGAUGAGUGGAUGAAAUCAGAUUGUCGCGUUGACAAACUGACAGACACAAUCUACAUUACUUACCUAGUCGCGGGUAAAACCUGCGCAGUUGAUCAGGCGUCAGGUGAUGGUAUCAUCCAGGCAAGGAGGAUCGUGGAAUACGUGAGAUCAGAUCGCUCUCUGUACUUCAGCCCUUGUCUUGUUACUCCUUCUGGUAACCUUGUAGGCUGGGAUGGAGACAAGCUUUUUCUUUACAAGAAGACAUUUAUCUUGUAAAUCAUAAAGACUCUCAAUAGCGAGUGAUGAUUGCUGUGUUUAAAAGGAAAUUAUAGACCUGUCAAAUCAGUCACUUUCAAUGGUGUUUAUUUUCCAAUUGCUCUCCAAAAGAAUAAUAUAGCUAGUGCUUUUUUUAUAUCAGUAUAAAUCAGCAGUCAUUCUCCAAAUUAUAUUUCAGUUCAAUGAAUGCCCUAGAUCUCAAAUGUCAUAGUUUUCCCGUAAACUGAAUAUUUAAAUUUGAUAACCCUUUGCCCACUAGGUAGUCCUGUAUUGGAUAUACAGAAUUCAGUAGCCAAGGCGUUUAGAAUUUAAAUUGUUUGAAACUUAACCCUAUCGCCUAAAUGCUUUCUUGUUAAAGGGGAAGUCCUCCCUGACGAAAGGUUUGGUACAAAAUUAGCAGAAAAAAUGAAUAAAAAAAGUAUUAGUGGGUGAAGGUUUGAGGAAAAUAAAUUUGGAUUUGUGACGUCAUAAACGUGCAGAUGCCCCGUAAGUUAUGUAACGUAAAACUCAUAAAUUUCAUUUUUUAUAAUUGUUCGUGAUGACUCUUUUAUUUUAUUUUUUUUAGGAACGUGUGUGAAAGAUUUGUUUGCUAAUAAUACUGAAUGUACAGUAAAAAAACAUUUUCAAUUUUCUUGAGAAAAUGAAAUUUUUAUUGAUGAAAUUCUAACAAAUUUUUCAUUUGUUGAUGGAUUUUUAUAAUUGAAAUUCUAAUAACUUUUUAAUUCUUUCGACAAUACUUGUAUUAUUUUCUGCCAUUUUUACAAUAAACUUUUUGGGCAGGGCGAACUUCCCCUUUAAAUCUCAUUUGGUGAUAUUCUCCCAUCAAGGUUAAAUCGGUUAUUUAUUUUAUGAGGUUAUAUUCCCCAUCCCUUUAUCGGGUUGAAUUCAUUUUUAUUCUGUC